AUGGCUGGUCCCAGAAUAGCCUGCAUUGGGGUGAUUGGAAAAGCUGACAACCCCCUUCAUAUCGCUCUAUUCCCACCUUAUUCCGACGCGAUGAUUGAAUUCUCAUUCUUACUCAAUUCCUGCCUCGAUAUCUUUGAGAUUCGGCGGAAGCAAACCUCCAUUGACCAGGAUCUCGGCCUCCUUCACGCCAUCGACGAAAGAUUGGCUGCCUAUGGCUGGCUUACAACCACGGGUGUGAAGCUUUUGAUCAUCGUAGAUCUCUUUGGUCCCGAGGCUACCAGUGCAAGACUGGUUGGCCCUGCAGUCAGUGGCCUUAGAGACUCGGAUCUCAAGCCAGCAUUUCGGGCCCUACAGAGCGCAUAUAUUCAGCUGCUUCAGAACCCAUUUUACUCGCCAGAUGACCACGUCCCUACGCCAGGGGUGACGGCCGGGUCAGCCUCCUCCUGCCAUUCAAUUUCCAAUUCAAAAUUUAUAGCGGAUGUUAAGCGCAUAGGUGAAACAUGGGUGCCUGGGGCUGGAGUAUAA